AGUGUCUUUUUAGUUGUCAUUUUUGACAGUUGUCAUUCCUUGGCCCAUUUCCGUUUCUUUCUAGUGACAACAACUCAAGAUGAAAAUCGGUUUGUGUUCAUUCAGUGGGUACAAAAUUUACCCCGGUCAUGGCAAGACCUUGGUCAAAAUCGACGGCAAGUCCUUCACUUUCUUGGACAAGAAAUGUGAACGCUCUUACUUGAUGAAGCGUAAUCCCCGUAAGGUGACCUGGACCGUCUUGUACCGUCGCAAGCACCGCAAGGGUAUCGAGGAAGAAGCCACCAAGAAACGUUCCCGCAGAACACAAAAGUUCCAACGCGCUAUUGUUGGUGCUUCCUUGGCCGAAAUCAUGGCUAAGCGUAACAUGAAACCCGAGGUUCGUCGUGCCCAACGUGAACAAGCCAUCAAGGCCGCCAAGGAACAAAAACGUGCCACCAAGGCUGCCAAGAAGGCUGCUCAGCCCGCCGCCCCUAAAGCUAAGAACGCCCCCAAGCAAAAAACCGCCAAGGUACAACAAAAGGCUGCUCCCCGUGUAGGAGGAAAGCGGUAAACAGCUGUUUUUAAGUUGUUAGUCAUAGGUGGCUCUUAACCUGCCCCUCAAAUUGGGUGGCAAGUGAAGUGUUUUUAAAUUAAAUGUGUUUUUUUUUAACAUCUCAAACAAAAACAAACUGAAACAAGAAAAAAAAUUUAUGUGCAGUGAAAAAAUAAAAUGACAAAAAAAGAUUUAAUCCUUUACGGAUGUGAUAUUCGUAUGGAGUAAAAGAAA